UCCGCACUGAGCCCCAGUAAAGAUGUCUCCUUUCCCGGACGAGGUGGACGUGUUUACCGGCCCUCACUGGCGGAUGAAGCAGCUGGUGGGCCUGUACUGCGAUAAGCUGUCCAAGACCAACUUCUCCAACAACAAUGACUUCCGCUCGUUCCUCCAGUCCCUGUGCGCCACCUUCAAGGAGUUCAAGAUGCACGAGCAGAUUGAGAACGAGUUCAUCAUCGGGCUGCUGCAGGAGCGCUGCUGCACCGUGUACAACGUGCACUCGGACAACAAGCUCUCAGAGAUGCUGUCGCUCUUUGAGAAAGGCUUGCACAACGUGAAGAGUGAAUAUGAGCAGCUGAACUACGGCCGGCAGCUGAAGGAGAAGCUGGAGGCGUUCACUCAGGACUUCCUGCCCCACAUGAAGGAGGAGGAAGAGGUGUUCCAGCCGAUGCUGAUGCAGUACUUCUCGUACGAGGAGCUGAAGGACCUGAAGAAGCAGGUGAUCGCUCAGCACUGCAGCCGGCACCGAGCGGCCGACCGGCUGAAGGGCUUCAGUCUGUGGAGUCAGGCCGAGGAGCUGCAGAAAGCCUUCAAAUACGCCGACCACGAGAAGACCCACUAUGAGCUGGAGAAGACGAGGAGCCCGUCGACACACAUCUCCCAGCUCCCUGCAGAGAUCCUGCUGAGGCUCUUCCACUCCCUGAGUCCUGCAGAGCUGCUCCGCUGCAGCCAGGUGUGCAGGUCCUGGUCCGAGCUCGCCCAGACCGGCUCCCUGUGGAGACACCUGUUCCCCGUGCACUGGGCCAGAGGGGAUUAUUACAGCGGCCCCCCCGGGGACCUGGACCAGGAGCCGGACGAGGAGUGGGUGAGCAGCCGGCAGAAAGAGGGCCGGGCGUACCAGGAGUGGGACGAGGACGCCGACGUGGACGAGUCCGAUGAGUCUCUGAGCUCUCGAGGCUGCCUGGCCAUCACCACGGCUCAGAGAGAGAAGAGGCUUCUGAACGGGCUGAUCCAGAACCUUCUCCCCGCGGUGGGUCCGUCUGUCCGGUCCGUGGUUCUGGCCUACAGCUCCACGGUCUCCAGUAAAAUGGUGCGUCAGAUCCUCAGUUUCUGCCCCAACAUCUCCCACCUGGACCUGACCCAGACCGCUGUGACGGACUCUGCGUUCGACAGCUGGUCCUCCCCCCCCCCCCUGAAGCACCUGGACCUGUCUGGCUGCGAGCAGAUCACUGACGGUUCCCUGAGGAGGCUGUCGGGGGGAGACUUCAGACGCUCAGAGAGACGAAGAGACAAACUCCUCCUGAACACAAACUCCUCCUCCAUCUCCUCCUCCUCCAUCACCUCCUCCUCCUCCAUCACCCCCUCCUCAAACCCCACCCCCCUGGAGGAGAGGAGCAGGAAGAAGAGGCAGAACUUCCUCUUCAAACAGAAAGUGUGGCUGCUGGACUCCUCGGAGCUGGCGGACAUCGAGGACGCCGCAGAGUGGAGCCGCCGGGGGGGGGCGUCCCUCCCUGCGUUAGGGUUAGUGGAGGCUCAGUUAGGAGGGGGGGGCUGCUGCUGUAGGAGGCGGAGCUCUAACACCCCACCCCCCCUCCUGCAGCAGCUCCCUGAGGCCUUCUGCGGUCACUCCACCUGCUGCUCCGACCCCUCAUUCAGGACUCUCUCUGGGGCUGCAGAGCUCCGGACUAAAUGCUCUUCCCCCUCCCCCUCCCCCUCCUCCUCCUCCUCCUCCUCCUCCUCCUCCUCCUCCUCCUCCUCCCUGGGGGGUCCGCUGGGCCCUGGGGGGGGGCAGAGGACGGAGACCAGGCGCUCCCUGAAGUUCCUCAGCCUCUCCGGGUGCUACCAGGUCACAGAUCUGGGUUUGAGGGCCGUGUCUCAGCGGGGGGGCCUGCCCUCUCUGGAGCACCUGAACCUGUCGGGCUGCCCUCUGAUCACCGAGGUGGGGCUGCAGGAGCUGGUGAGCGUCUGCCCCGCGCUCAACGACGAGCACUUCUACUACUGCGACAACAUCGACGGGCCUCACGGGGACACGGCCAGUGGCUGUCAGAACCUUCAGUGCGGCUUCAGAGUUUGCUGCCGCUCCGGAGAGUGACCCCCCUCCAUCACCAUCCCCCCCCCCCCUCCUCCAUCAUCUCUCCAUCAUCACCCCCCCUCCUCCAUCAUCACCCCCCCUCCUCCCCAUCCUCCAUCACGUCUCUUUUAUUGCACUUUAUCCGGGGUCACUGAGCCGUCACUUCCACAGGUUCCUGGACGAGACUAAUAAAACAUCCUGUCGUCCCCAUCGUCCCCAGCUGGGAGGAACCUCUGAUGGUUUGAAAAUGUAAAUACUGGUUCCUUAUUAUGAUUUGUUUGGGUUUGGAAAAAUAAAAAACCUCGAGAAGCGUAACCAACGUUUGUUUCCUGAAGCGUAACCAACGUUUGUUUAUCCCUGUUUACUGAUGAUCAUCUGAACUCUGCUGCUGGUUAUAAUCAGAGCUGCAACCACUGAAACAUACCUAUUGAUGAUUAAAAGCAUAAAUAAACACAAAGGACUAUAAAGAGUUACAGAAUAUGCAACAGAUGACAGCCUGACGUGCUUAGAGGCACUCGGUGGAGAUGAAAACAAACUGAAUAUAAUCAUUGAAGGGGUCUUCCUGUAGGAAAUGCAUCUAAAGUCUGGAGCUGCUUUCCUCUGUUGUAUAUAACAUUAAAGUGAUCAUUGAAACACAUCAGCUUGGACUUUGAGACGGAUGGUUAUCUUUCUGGAGAAUAUCUGUUCGUUGCAGUCAUGUUUUUUAUCAGCUGAGGAUCGACUGACAUCAGCAUCAAUUAAACAACAGUGUCAACAUGAAACCUGUUGACUCUGGUGCAUUUACCAAACAAUGAAAUAACAUGUGCCGGCAGGAUGCAGCUUCAUUAUAACACCUGUUGAUUUUCACCUGGCUCUGUUUUUAUUCAUGCUCUCUGAUGUUGAGGGACACAACGGACCAAUGUUCAUAAGAGAGGGAUUUCACGAGUGAUUCAUGUCUUUGUUCAAAAGUCCUGCAUGAGGAGUUCUGGAAAUGUUCAUCAGAUCAAUAAAAGUCUCUAUGGGUU